AUGACUAUCAUUGUGACUGGAGGGGCUGGAUUCAUCGGCUCGUGCCUCGUUGGGCGUCUGCUCGCGGAGGGCCAAAAGGUUCUUGUUAUCGACUCGCUUUGGACAGGCUCAAUAGCCAAUGUCAACAAAUUCAAGGACCAUCCAAACUAUAGAUUCGUAAAUUGGGAUGUGAGGAACAAGUAUCCCAUUCGCGAAACACCAAAGCAGAUUUAUCACCUCGCUUGUCCCGCGAGCCCCGACCAUUUUGGAGAAAGCCCCAUUGAGAUUUUAGAGACAUGCUUUCGUGGCACCCAGAACUCCCUUGAUCUCGCCGUUAGCUGCAACGCAAGAGUUUUGAUUGCAAGCACAUCAGAAAUCUACGGCGACCCGCGAGUGAUUCCGCAAUCCGAAGAGUAUUGGGGUAACACCAACUCUUUCGGUCCUCGAGCCUGUUAUGAUGAGGGCAAGCGUAUCACGGAAGCUCUAGCAUAUGGGUACCAGCAAAAGCACAACCUUGAGGUGCGGAUUGCCAGGAUUUUCAAUGCAUACGGACCGUCGAUGCAGUUAAGGGACGGGAGAGCCGUUCCGAAUUUCAUUGCGGCAGCCAUGGAAGGGCGCCCCAUCACGAUAUAUGGAGAUGGUAGCGCCGGGCGAUGUUUCCAGUACGUCACGGAUUGCGUUGAUGGACUCAUGUCUCUCAUGCAAAGUGGAUACACACGACCAGUCAAUAUUGGUACCAAUCUUGAGACGACAGUAGAGGACCUUGCGAGAAUGAUUACAGCCCUUGUGGCGGAAAAAAUGGGCAGCACCAGGAAAGUCCCUAUUCAGUUCCUCCCCGCAAGGACAGAUGACCCGUAUCGAAGGAAGCCGGACAUCACCUUGGCCAAAGAGGUCCUUGGUUGGCAGCCGAGUGUGGCAUUGCGGGACGGACUUGAGAAAACUGUGGAUUGGUUCUUGCAAGAUUCUGGACAAAUAGGUGCGGAGGAGGUCAUUGACGAACAGGGAAUCAUGCCUCUCAAGCAACCGUCAGUAUCUGUUGCA